AUGACACUUUCAUUCCUCCCCACAAAACAACAGUCAUUUAAGACAUUGUUUCAUCUCGUUAACGACAAUUCAGUCUCUGUUUUCUAUUCCCUCCACUCUCCCGAACUAGUUUUCCUUUUCUUUCCGUCCCUUGACGAGACAAGCGUUCUUUUCGCCGCCAUUUACAAAAACUCGAUCACCCUUUCUAUCUUUCAUCCUCUUUUUUUCUAUCUGUCUCUCGAUCACUCUUUCUAUCUUUCAUCCUCUCUUUUUCUUUCUCUCGAUCACCCUUUCGAUCUUUUUCAUCCUCUUUUUUCUAUCUGUCUCUCGAUCACCCUUUCUAUUUUUCAUCCUCUUUUUCUAUCUGUCUCUCGAUCACCCUUCUAUUUUUCAUCCUCUUUUUUCUAUCUGUCUCUCGAUCACCCUUUCUAUUUUCAUCCUCUUUUUUUUCAUUCUGUCGCUCGAUCACCCUUUCUAUUUUUCAACCUCUUUUUUCAUCUGUCGCUCGAUCACCCUUUCUUUUUCAUCCUCUUUUUUCUAUCUGUCUCUCGAUCACCCCUUUCUAUUUUUCAACCUCUUUUUUCUAUCUGUCGCUCGAUCACCCUUUCUAUCUUUCAUCCUCUUUUUUUCUAUCUGUCGCUCGAUCACCCUUUCUAUUUUUCAUCCUCUCUUUUUCUAUCUGUCUCUCGAUCACCCUUUCUAUUUUUCAUCCUCUCUUUUUCUAUCUGUCUCUCGAUCACCCUUUCUAUUUUUCAUCCUCUCUUUUUCUAUCUGUCGCUCGAUCACCCUUUCUAUUUUUCAACCUCUCUUUUUCUAUGUCUCUCGAUCACCCUUUCUAUCUUUCAACCUCUCUUUAUCUAUCUGUUGCUCGAUCACCCUUUCUAUUUUUCAACCUCUCUUUUUCUAUCUGUCGCUCGAUCACCCUUUCUAUCUUUCAUCCUCUCUUUUUCUAUCUGUCGCUCGAUCACCCUUUCUAUUUUUCAUCCUCUCUUUUUCUAUCUGUCUCUCGAUCACCCUUUCUAUUUUUCAUCCUCUCUUUUUCUAUCUGUCUCUCGAUCACCCUUUCUAUUUUUCAUCCUCUCUUUUUCUAUGUCUCUCGAUCACCCUUUCUAUCUUUCAACCUCUAUUUAUCUAUCUGUUGCUCGAUCACCCUUUCUAUCUUUCAACCUCUCUUUUUCUAUCUGUCGCUCGAUCACCCUUUCUAUUUUUCAUCCUCUCUUUUUUUAUCUGUCUCUCGAUCACCCUUUCUAUCUUUCAUCCUUUCUUUCAUUAAUAAUAUUUGAGCCAUGA